AUGUACACCUACAUCUAUAAGCUAUAGGUAUAAAAUAACAAGAACAAGAAGAUUCUGAUAGAAAAAGGAGAAGGCUUUCUUUCUGUGUUUCCUACCACUUAGGAUCUAUUAGUAGAUCUCUUCCUCUCUCUCUCUCUCUCGCUAUCUCUUUCUGCUUUUCUUCUUUUCUUCCCCACCUCACUUUCUUCUUGCUUUCUUUCCUCUAUAAACUCAUGAAGUGAUCGAAGAAGAGCAUAUAUCCAAGGCGGUUAAGCUGUCAAUCCAUCAAUCAUUCAAUCAAUCAAAAGCCCACCUCAGUCAAUCUAUCAAUCAACCCAAUCAAAUCAAAUCAGGAGAUACAAGGAUGUCAUCCUCUUCUGCCUUUUCAUUGGACCACCUUUCUCCCUCCGAGCAGCUCUGUUACGUCCAUUGCAACUUCUGCGACACUGUCCUCGCGGUAAGUGUUCCUUGCAGCAGCUUGUACAAGACGGUUACAGUCCGAUGUGGUCACUGCACCAACCUUCUUUCCGUCAACAUGCGUGGUUUACUCCUGCCUGCAGCAAAUCAGCUUCACCUCGGGCAUUCUUUCUUCUCUCCUUCUCACAAUCUCAUGGAAGAGACCCCAAGCCCACAACCAAACCUGCUGAUUGAUCAACCUAGCCCAGCUGACCAUACGGUGUCCGUUGUCCGUGGAGGUGCCGAUGAGCUCCCUCGACCUCCAGUUGCCAAUAGACCUCCGGAGAAGCGACAGAGAGUCCCAUCCGCGUACAACCGAUUCAUCAAGGACGAGAUCCAACGCAUCAAGGCUGGAAAUCCAGAUAUAACCCACAGAGAGGCCUUCAGCGCCGCUGCAAAAAACUGGGCCCACUUUCCACACAUCCACUUUGGUCUCUUGCCUGACCAGACUAUGAAGAAGGCUAACGUGCGCCAGCAGGAAGGAGAGGACGUUCUCAUGAAAGAUGGCUUUUUCUCUUCCGCUAAUGUUGGCGUCUCCCCUUACUAAGAAGUGGCAGCUCUCUCUCUCUCUCUCUCUCUCUCUCUCUCUCCCCCCUUGGGAGGAGUGAUUGCUGGCAGUCUUGGUUCUUUAGGUUUUGGUGUCAAGAAUGGAAGAAGGGUCUUGAAGUCUUAACCAGUUUAAUUUUAUCACAGACAAUCUGCAAAUGAAGGUUUCUGUGUUGAUGGUAGUAUGCAUGUAUAUUAAAUCUUCAGUCUACCCCUUGUUUGGAAAACCUCAUCGAUCCGUUUGAUCAAGUUUGGAUGUUAUAAUCUGUGUUACUAGCUA